AUGUUAGAUAAUUCCCGUUGCUUCAACUGUGGUUCGUACAGCCAUGCACUUAAAGAAUGUCCUAAGCCCCGUGACAAUGUUACCAUCAAUAAUGCCCGAAAACAGCACAAGAAUAGACGUAAUCAACAUUCCAUUUCUCGUAACCCCACUCGAUAUUUUCACAGCUCUCCUGGGGGGAAAUAUGAUGGUUUAAGGCCAGGUGUACUUGAUUCUGAUACGCGGAAACUUUUAGGACUUGGGGAGUUUGAUCCACCUCCUUGGUUUAACAGAAUGCGGGAAAUAGGGUAUCCACCGGGUUAUUUAGAUCCAGAUGAUGAAGACCAGCCAUCAGGGAUUACAAUUUUUGCUGAUGAGGCAACGAAAGAAGAAACUGAAGAAGGGGAAAUUCUUGAUCCAACUGUUGCUGAGCCGUCCAGGAAAAUGAGUGUUAAAUAUCCUGGAAUAAAUGCUCCAAUCCCUGAAAAUGCAGAUGAAAGACCUUGGGCAGCUGGGUCGUCAAGUUAUAUUGUAUCUAGACAUGGUUCGUACCGCGAAUAUAACCACUCGUCUGAAAAACUCAGCAGGCGGCAUUAUCAUCAACAAAGGUGGUCCAGUGAUUUCGAAGAUGAUGGGCCUCCUGGAGUUGAUCCUGGAUCUCGACCCUCCAAUUAUUCUCAUAAAUAUGGUGGUUACGACUCCAGUUACUCUUCCCCUAGUGCGAGAUCUAGUCCAUCCAUUCAUAGAAGCCCGAGUUAUGGCCGAUCCUUGUCAGAUAGAGGUAGACGAAGCCCUCUAGUGCAAGAUGGUUCCUCAAACUAUGGUCAGUAUGGUACUGCACAUUCAUCAUCCCCCAGAUAG